UGGUAUAAAACCGUCGGUUCGCCAACAGAAAUGCAUCAGUCUUCCAGCUGUCUCAACUCAUCAACAUCUCCAACAUGAAAUUCAUCGUCCUCGCUGCUGUCUUGGCCGUCGCUGCCGCCAAUUCCUACAAGGCCGCUGAAUACGCACCGAAAUACGAGGCUCCUAAAUACGAGGAAGUCACCUACGCCCCUCAGCCCUACAGCUUCGGAUAUGAUGUCCAGGAUAAGGAAUCCUACACCGACUUUGACCACUCUGAGAAAGCUGAUGGCAAAGUGACCAGCGGAUCUUACCGUGUUGCCCUGCCCGAUGGCCGCACUCAAAUCGUUAGCUACCAAGCUGAUGAGAACGGAUACAACGCUGAUGUCAAAUACGAAGGCGAGGCUCAGUACCCCGAAUACAAGGAACCCCAAUACAAGGCUGCUUCCUACCCUGCACCAGCCUACCCUGCACCAGCCUACCCUGCACCAGCCUACAAAGCCCCAGCCUACAAGGCCCCUGAAUACAAAGCCCCAGCCUACAAGGCCCCUGAAUACAAAACUCCUUCCUACCCCGCUCCAGCCUACAAAGCUCCUUCCUACCCCGCUCCAUCCUACAAAGCUCCUUCCUACCCCGCUCCGGCUUACAAAGCCCCAUCUUACCCUGCUCCAGCCUAUAGCGCCCCAGUCUACAAAGCCCCAUCUUACCCCAAAUACUAGGCCAUCCUUUUCGUUCCUAUCGUAAUGGAAGUGUAAUUAAAUAUUCAGUAAAACUAUUCGAGUCAAAAGGAGAUAUUUUUGACGACGGAAAAUCCUUCUACGCCUGAAUUAUUUAUCAAAUACAAAUUCGACAAAUCAAA